AUGGCCACCACCGCGCAGUACCUGCCGCGGGGCCCGGGCGGCGGGGCCGGGGGCGCCGGGCCGCUUAUGCACCCGGACGCAGCUGCGGCGGCGGCCGCGGCAGCGGCGGCCGAAAGACUCCACGCGGGGGCCGCGUACCGCGAGGUGCAGAAGCUGAUGCACCACGAGUGGCUGGGAGCAAGCGCGGGGCACCCCGUGGGCCUGGCCCAUCAUCAGUGGCUACCUACGGGAGGCGGCGGCGGGGGCGACUGGGCGAGUGGCCCCCACUUGGACCACGGGAAGGGUGGAGGCGGCAGCCGCGGGGACGACGGCGGAGGCUUCCACGCGCGGCUGGUGCACCAGGGGGCGGCCCAUGCGGGAGCGGCGUGGGCUCAAGGCGGGACACCUCACCACCUAGGCCCGGCCAUGUCACCGUCACCCGGGGCGGGUGGGGGUCAUCAGCCCCAGCCUCUAGGGCUCUAUGCGCAAGCAGCCGCGUACCCGGGAGCUGCUGGGGGAGGGGGCCUCGCGGGGAUGCUAGCGGCUGGCGGGGGCGGCGCGGGGCCCGGCCUGCACCACGGGCUGCACGAAGACGGACACGAGGCGCAGCUGGAGCCGUCGCCACCGCCCCACCUGGGUGGGCAUGGACAUGGACAUGCGGGCGGGCUCCAUGCGGGUCAUCUGCACCCGGGCGCUGGUGGUGGCGGCUCCUCAUCGGUCGGGGAGCACUCGGAUGAGGACGCUCCGAGCUCCGACGACCUGGAGCAAUUCGCCAAGCAGUUCAAACAGAGGCGCAUCAAACUGGGCUUCACGCAAGCAGACGUGGGGCUAGCGCUGGGCACACUCUACGGGAACGUCUUCUCGCAGACCACCAUCUGCCGCUUCGAGGCCCUGCAGCUCAGCUUCAAGAACAUGUGUAAAUUGAAGCCACUGCUGAACAAGUGGCUGGAGGAGACCGACUCUUCCACCGGCAGCCCCACCAACCUGGACAAGAUCGCAGCGCAGGGACGCAAACGCAAGAAGCGCACGUCCAUCGAGGUGGGCGUCAAGGGAGCUCUGGAGAGCCACUUCCUUAAGUGCCCCAAGCCGUCGGCUCAUGAGAUCACGGGCCUGGCCGACAGCCUGCAGCUGGAGAAGGAGGUGGUGCGAGUCUGGUUCUGCAACCGGCGGCAAAAGGAGAAGCGCAUGACCCCGGCCGCUGGCGCCGGCCACCCCCCUAUGGACGACGUGUAUGCGCCAGGUGAGCUGGGACCCCCCGGGGGCGGGGGUGCUUCACCGCCCUCAGCCCCGCCGCCUCCACCGCCUGCCCCGCUGCACCAUCACCACCACCACACACUGCAAGGAUCCGUGCAGUGACCCCCUUACCCUGCGGGGCCCGGACUCGAGCCCCUUCUUUCUCCUCUGCCCACCAUGCCAACACCCCCCCAAAAAGGGAGCGGCCCCCGAGACAGCGAGACCUAGAGGACAAUCGGGGGCUGAUCCCGCCCGCAGCCCACGCGGACAGGACUUUUUGUUUGUUUGGAUUUUACAAUUUUAAAAAAGGCAAAGAAACUUUAAAAAAAUAAAUAAAUAAAUGACACGACCCCGAACCAGACGGACGAGGACCCGAAAUUGUCGCGGAGAUGGCGGACUGGCGGCCGUGCUUGGGCGGGAGCCUAGAGGAGCCGAGACCCCGAGCGGACUUAACCAACUCUCCAGCCUACCCACGGACCACCACCUCUAUCCAUCCCACUCCCGGCAGCCCUAAUCCCCCAGACUCACAGGCAGGCGGGCGCGCACCCAUCCCUUCCUUCCCUCCCUUCCCCCGGCUGUUUCGGGCGGGAUCCCGGCAGCGUCCUCCCAGCAGCGACAGGUAACGCGAUUAGGGGGAAGGGGGAUCCCGGGGAGAGGGGCAGAGGAGAGGGCGCUCGAUGCACACACGCAAAUACACAUACUCUGUCACACGGACACGCUUUCGGGCACCCUUACAAACACAAUUACACUUGCAAUCACACGCACAAAUAUACACACACAGUCGGCGACCUCCAUAAACACAUAAUCACUCUCCCUUACGCAGGCACAGUCAGGCAUACACGCUAAGGACCCUCCCAAGUCGGGGUCCCAGGGGUAGCGAGGUCCCUAAAGGGUUAAUGCCCGGGGAAACUCAUGCACCCACGGGGAGAGGCGGGGUGUGGAGGGAGGGGACCUUAUUUUUUCCCUCCACCUCUUUUCCUUCCCAAAUCUUGGCCCCUCUCUCCCCAGUCCUCCUGGUUAGUGGGUGUUGUUUGGGGUGGGUUUUUUUUAAUGUUAUGUUUUUAUUUAUUUGUUGAGACGUUUUUCGUUUUUGGUUUGCCAAACUCCGCUCGGGUCCUUAAUUUAAAUCGCUGUUUACUGUAUUUAUCGGGGCUCUCGACGGGCGCGGGCAGGAGGGCGCAGCAGGCGGCGGGGGAGCCCGGGAGAGGAGAGCCGAGUCUGUGUGUCUGUCACACAGGAAGUAGCCAAAGCUUUCAUCUAGUCCUAUCUAUUCUCACACUCCCCCACCUCACCCCAGAAAACUGAAAACAAGAAAAGAUGGAUCGAAAUCCCCAAACCCCGGGGAUGCUUUCUGUUUCGUUUUAUCCGAACCCGCAUCUUUCUAUACCCUUGCUGGUGGAGGGGGGCUCUAUCAUUCCCCUCCCUCACCCCUUCAGGGAGACUCGGAGGGCUGGGGACAGAAGGCCUUCAGCCCCUCAGUAUCCCCACAACCAUCCGGGGGCCCCUUUGUCUCCAUCUCAUUUUGAAAACACUUUUUGGAAAAGUUAGAUCCCUAUUAUUAUUGUUUUUAAACCCAGCGACAGAAACAGCCCCCCCCAGUCUUCCUACCCUAGACUCCCCUCAACUCUCUACCCCCUUUAGCCCAUCCCUGCCCAGAUGCAAGUCUGGGGGCUUGGGAGCCCAGGGGAAGCUGGGAAAAAGUCCAGUCCCGCUUGGGGCGUUUUGGGGAGGCACUAGCCCUGUAAAUAUGUGAGAUAUGUAUGCACAGGCCGGUGGUUAGAGGAAAAGGAGAAAUCCGCUGUGCUGAGGUUAUCUUGGGGGCUUGGGGUUUUCCAUCCUAGAGAAUUUUGUACGCUGCCUAAUCUGAAGAGGAUAUUUUAAUAUGAUUUCCGGAUUUCUGACCGGUCCUAUUUAUUUUCUGGAUGUGUCUGGAACUUCCCCUCCUUCCCUUCCUUCCCCACCCCACACCCUUCCCCCAGUUCUAGAUCUGUUUGUUACAGUUUAAAGUUUAAUUUUAUUAUUUUUAUUAAUUUUUGGAAAGCAUUUUGGUGCAUUCUGUUUGUAUUUUAAUUUCUAAAAUUGUAGACUGGGAAGUUCCCCCCUUUAUAUUU